AUGUCUUCUUCAAAUUCCCACGAAAAUACCGAAGAGUCUUACUCAAUGUAUCCAAAAACUUCUUCUCCACCACCUCCUCCUCAUCAAGGUGGUGGCAUGCAUUUCCCUACUUACCAAGCGGCUAUGCCAAUAUAUGCUUACCCACAAACACCAUACUUAUAUGGUCAAAUACCAGCUUAUCCAUUUAAUAUGAUGGGUCAGAAUCAAAUGAUGUAUCAACAUGGUUCCAUGCCUCAAGGUGGUGAAUCUAAAAAGAAAUGGUCAAAUUCAGGUAGCGGAAUUUCUGGUUCAAAAGUUAAUCAUUAUCAAAAUCACCAACACAGCGCUAGUUAUCAUCCCCAAUCAUCUUCAACCAACUCUUCAAAUUCAAGCACUGGUUCUACUUUUUCACAGCCAAAGACACAAGCCACCACAAAUAACGUGGCUAGUACCAAAUAUAAAUUUUACAUCCCAAGUGCAAAUGAUGAAAAAACAAACAAUGUCUCUAUUGAAUUCCCAUUAUUUUUUAACACUUCGGAAGAAGAAUUUUCUAAGGCUAAAGAAGCUAGAUAUAGAUUAAGAGUUGAAUCCCUAGACAAUACUUUUGAAAAGAAAGAAACUGUGACUGAAUUUAGUCCAGUUGAGGAAAAGGAAGAAGUUCCAGAGACCAAUACCGCCGAAAUUAGUGAUACGCUAAACCAAAAGCCUGUAGGAAAACCAGAAGCUCCUAAUAAAGCUCCUUCUGAACCAAAACAUGUAACCACUGUAAAGACAUCCGAACCUGUAUCAGAAGAAAAUGAAAAGAAAGUCAUCGAAGACAAACAUGUUUCUACCAUACAGAGUGCUGCUGUUUUGCCUUCCUCUACAGAAACCCAGAAGCCUGCACCUAAAUCAUGGUCCGCAAUUGCAUCGAGCGCCAUCUCAAAACCAAAAUCCAUGAACCAUUCUCCAACAUCAAGCACAAAUAAUUUAAGUGGUCAAGGUUCAUCACAAGCUCCUCAGAGAAAAGAUAAAAAAUAUAUUCCAUCAACUACAUUAGGUGCCGAGCCAUUAGGUUCUAUAACAUUGAGAAUGUGUUUCGAUCCCGACUACCUUAAUUAUACCCAAAAUAAUAAUGAGUCUAUAUUACCAAUUGGUUCAAUCAUUCCAAGAGGUAUUGUUAACAGAGCCAAUAUUUGUUUCAUGAGUUCAGUUUUGCAAGUUUUAUUAUAUUGUAGACCAUUCAUUAGUGUUUUGAAUAUUGCAAGCACGAGGAAUUCUUAUUCAAAAGUUAAUUCAAACUCAAGCAAGCUAUUAGAUGCUUGUGUCACUAUAUACAAACAGUUUGAUAAACAAACUUACCAAAAGGAAAAAGAGAAUGAUAAGAACAAAGACAAGAAAUCCAAUGGUAAAGCCGUCGAAGAGAAACCAAUGAAUAACUUUGCACCUGCAUCUGAUGCUAUAAACCCUGAUGACUUUUAUAAAAUCUUAUCAACAUUACCUAAAUUCAAAGACUUACAAUGGGGUCACCAAGAGGAUGCAGAAGAAUUCUUAACUCACUUGUUAGAUCAAUUACAUGAAGAGUUUAUCUGUUCAAUCAAUUCCCUUACUGACAAUGAGAUAUUGAAUAUCGUACAAAGUAUUUCUGAUGAGGAAUUAAAAGUCUUUUUUGUUAGAAACUUACCUCAAUACAAGAAAGCUGAUUUCAUGAAGAAUGCCUCAUAUCAAUUAAAAUCAUUAAUUUCAAAAUAUGGCCCAAUGAGUGAUGACGAUGAUGAAACAAAUGGGUGGCAUGAGGUUAGCAGCACUAGCAAAAAAGGUAAGAAAACUAAAACUGCUGCAAAAAGAACCGUUGAAAUCGAACAAUCUCCUAUUUCCAACUUAUUUGGUGGUCAAUUCCGUUCUGUACUAGAUAUUCCAAAUAAUAAGGAAUCGCAAUCUAUCACACUAGACCCUUUUCAAACCAUCCAAUUGGAUAUCUCUGAUUCUUCUAUUGAUGAUUUAGAAACUGCUUUCAAGAAGUUUAGUGAAUAUGAAUUAUUGCCAUUUAAAUCAUCUUCUGGAAGUGAUGUGGAGGCUAAAAAGCAAACUUUUAUCGAUAAGCUUCCCCAGGUUCUUUUAGUUCAAUUAAAGAGAUUUUCAUUCAUUAACAACACCGAUAAAGACAACAAUAUGACAAACUAUAAUGCUUAUAAUGGUCGCAUUGAAAAAAUUCGUAAGAAGAUUAAGUAUGAUCACGAAUUGACUAUACCAUUAGAAUCGUUAUCUCCUGCAUCUAUCGAUACUAAAAAUAGAGCAUACGAAUUGACAGGUGUAAUUUAUCAUCAUGGAUUAAGUUCUGAUGGUGGACACUACACAGCUGAUGUGUAUCAUAAAGAAUUGGACAAGUGGUAUAGAAUCGAUGAUGUAAAUAUUAUAGAAUUAGAAAAGGAUGAUGUUUUGAAAGGUGGCGAAGAUGGCAAUGACACAAGAACCGCUUAUAUCUUAAUUUACAGAAAAAAGAAUAAUUAA